CCUGCUGGCGACUGUUCCCCGCCUCCCCGCCGGGGUUCUCGGGCGCUCUGGGGACCCCUUGAUCCGUCCUGCAGCUGCUCGGGGUUCCUGAUUCAAAGCCUGCGCGCGGCCCCCCGCGGUCCCCGACGACCCCCGAAGACCCCCGCCUCCCGGACGCCCCGACCUCCGGAGCGUCCCUCUGUCCCGCCGCGCAGCCCAGGAGCCUGAGCCGAGUCCCAGCGCCGCGCAGGGUCAGGCCUCCAGCCCCCCCGGAUGAGUGCUUUCUGUUCCUUUCCUCUUGUUUCUAUUCCAGAAGACAAUGGACGCUUUUGAGAGGAGCAAAUAUGGAACUCUCAGUGAAGGCAGCAGAGCAGGUGCCAGCUUUGAUGCUUCGUCCUCCUUGAGGAUCGUCCUGGUGGGCAAAUCGGGCAGCGGGAAAAGUGCCACCGGGAACAGCAUCCUCUGCCAGCCAGCGUUUGAGUCCCACGUGGGGGCCCAGAGCGUGACCAGGCAGUGCCAGGAGGCCAGGGGCACUUGGGAAGGGAGGAGCAUCCUGGUGGUGGACACGCCCCCCAUCUUCGACGCCGGGCCGCCCACCCAAGACCUGUACAAGAACAUCGGGGACUGCUACCUGCUGGCCGCCCCCGGGCCCCACGUGCUGCUGGUGGUCACUCGGCUGGGCCGCUUCACCGCGCACGACGCUGAGGCAGUCAGGAGGGUGAAGGAGGUCUUUGGGCCACGGGCCAUGAGACACGUGAUCGUCCUCUUCACUCACAAGGAGGACCUGCUGGAUGAGCCCCUGGCUGACUACCUGGCCAGCGUGAAGGACACGGGUCUGCACGGGCUCCUGCGGGAGUGCGGGAGGAGGUUCUGCGGCUUCAACAACCGGGCCACGGGCGCAGAGCAGCGCCGGCAGCUGGCCGAGCUCAUGGGCCAGGUGGAGAGUCUGGAGCGGGAGCUGCAGGGCGGCUUCCUGAGCAACGAAUUGUCGCGGGAGGCGCAGCUGCUGCUGCAGCAGCGGAGCGCGGGGGCCGAGUGCGGGGAGCAGAGCGCGCGCUACCUGGGCCUGGUGCGGGGCGAGCUGGAGAAGCAGAGGCGGGCAGUGGCCACGGCCCAGGGGAGCUGCCAGGGGGCCGGGCUGUGCAGAAUCAAGAGCUGGAUGGCGUCUCACGCCUGGAUUGCUAUUCUUCUUAUUUGCAUUUUAAUUUUUCUGAUUAUUUUCAUUGACUUUGGUAUCCCUCAUGGGCACUGAGCAUUUUUAGAACAUUGGCUGCUUUCCUGCUCAGAAUUGCGGUCUCUGCUUAGAGGCCCUAAAUUUGCUUCUUACAUCAUUUCAUUGACAAUUUCUCUCCUUCUAUCCCACCUGGCAUCGAUUUAACUUUCAG